UAUAUCAUAUAAUUCCAUAACCAAUCUUCUCUUCCAUUCACUCAUCAAACCAAAAACAAUGGCAGCAUCAGCCUCAUCCAUGAUCUCUACAAACGCCCUAACAACCACCAUCCAAAAACACCAAACCCCUAACCUCAAACCAUCAAACCUAUGCUUCCAAGGCUUCAAACCCUUAGCAAGAUCCACAAAACUCACACAAACCAAAAAGAGAUUCUCAUCUCUUGUUGUCAAAGCUGAACUCAACCCCUCACUUGUGAUAAGCUUAAGCACUGGCCUCUCAUUGUUCUUGGGAAGGUUUGUGUUCUUCAACUUCCAAAGAGAGAAUGUUGCCAAACAAGGCUUGCCUGAACAAAAUGGUGUGACACACUUUGAAGCUGGUGACAAACGUGCUAAGGAAUAUGUUAGCUUGCUUAAGUCAAAUGAUCCUGUUGGGUUUAACCUUGUUGAUGUUUUGGCUUGGGGUUCUAUAGGCCAUAUUGUUGCUUAUUAUAUCUUGGCCACUUCUAGCAAUGGUUAUGAUCCUAGUUUCUUUGGUAUUUAAGAUUACUAUGUUGUUCAUGGUGUUCUUCAUUUAUGUUGUUUUGAUUUGUCUUUUGUUGUUCCUUUUAUGUAAUGUAUAGUUUAUUUGUAUGAGAUAUCCAACAUGUUAAGUUCCUUGGAUUAAAGCAAUUUUAUUUGGAUUAAAGCUUCUAUGGACUAUGAUGAAUGGAUAUUGAGUUAUGUUUAA